UCGCUCCAGCCACCAUCGCGUACUCGCAUUCAUCGCAAGUCAGAAGUUCGCCUCUUGCCGUGAGAGGCAUUAUGGAAUCACCGACCUCGCGUUUGCUGGCGACAGCUACACCCAUUUCUCAGGGCGCCGAAGCAAAAGUCUUCAAGACGUAUUUGCAUCCAUCUCAUCAGCCAUCAAGCUCGACAUCACAAUCCAAUACUCCAGAUAACAACGAGCCGAUCUUGCUGAAGUAUCGGUUUCACAAACAGUAUCGUCAUCCGACGCUCGAUACUACCUUAACAAAAGCGAGAGUGGCUGGAGAAGCGCGCGCUAUCAUCAAAUGUCUACGCCACGCUGUCAACGUACCAAGCAUCCGGAUGGUAGACGCAGCGGAAGGGGUGCUAGGUCUCGAAUGGAUUGAGGGGAAGAGCGUCAGAUUUCUGCUAGGCGGCGGAGCCGAGGGCGAGGAUGAGUACACAGAAGAGGAUGACUCUGAAGAAGAACCACAGGAAACCGAAGAAGACCCCCUGAAGGAGUUCGGUGUCUCACAAGACGAUGUCAUGCGAAUGAUCGGAGCUCAGAUAGCCAAGAUGCAUCGAGCCGACAUUGUGCAUGGCGAUCUGACUACAUCCAAUAUGAUCUUACGGCAUCCGUCCUCUACCAAGGGGCUGCAGCUCGUACUGAUUGACUUCGGGCUUGCCUUCACGUCAACGCUGGCAGAAGACAAGGCCGUUGACCUAUACGUUUUGGAGCGUGCAUUUUCUUCAACGCACCCGGCGUCCGAACUGCUCUUCACAUCUGUGCUCAAGGCGUAUCAGGAAAGUAUGGGAAAAGAAUGGCUCCCAGUAUCGAAGCGAUUGGAUGAUGUCCGUCUUCGUGGCCGCAAGCGGAGUAUGGUAGGGUAAGGGUAAAAAUUCGUAGUGAUGAUGAGCAGUUCUUAGGAUCGAUUCGAGUCGUCCUGAAUAUGGAAUAGCAGCCUGUACUGUAGUAGAUCUGGGUUAAUAGCCCAUGUUCCAACGUUAAAACGUUCAACAACUGGUCAGAGAUCCAAUCUGAAC